GCGUAAACAAGGGAUGGAGACGAUCUCCUCGCUAAAUCAGACAAAAGCAAAAGAAAGGCAGAACAUGGAUUGGAAUGAACCUCGCGCCUCCCGUCCCUCCCUCUAUAAAAAACACAAAUUCAAAAAACACACAAUUCAAAAAGAGCCAACGCCGUGAAAACGCGCAGAAUCGAAGAAAAAAACAACAACAAAAACGCCCCUCCUAGAAUGGAGAAAGUGAAAGAGAAAAAAAGAGGGAAGAGCCAACGACGGCCGCUCCAAAAGUGGUACAAACACAACGCCCUCCAUCGGCCAGAAAAACAAAACAAAAAAACAGAAAGACGGAAUAAACAGGACGAAGCGGCGGAGAUGAUGGAUCGAAGACCCCCUUCAUCGUUUAUACCACCGCCACCGUCGUCGUCACCUUCGUUGAAGAAGCAGAAGAAGCAGAAGAAGCAGAAGAAGCAGAAGAAGCAGAAGCAGCAGCAGCAGCAGCAGCAGCAGCAGAAACGGCGGCGGCGUUCCCAUCCGCGCUCGUCUUCCGCGCGCGGAUGUCGCGGUUCAGAGCAUCGACCGCGUCGAAGGUGGCGCGGCGGCAGAGGGCAUAGAUGGCCUCUUCUUGUUCCCCGUCGUCGUCGGCGGCGUGGUGGUAGAUCCCAUCGUCGUUGUCGUCGUCGUCGUAGGUGUCGUGGCCGGUGCUUUGGUUGUGGUUGGAGGAAGGGAGGGUCCUCGGUGGAGGUGGAGAUGUGGAGAGCAUACAGGAGUCCGAGGAGGACUGCGAGGAGAAUGAGGAUGAAAUCUGAGAGGAGGAGCUGGGGCGGAAGAAGGAGCGGGUCGAGGAGCAGGAGGAGAGGUUUUCGAGGAGUGUUGGUGGGGUGGAGCUUGUGGGUGAGAUGGGCUCGGUGGAAGAGUGGUGGUGGUUUCUUGAGGUGGUUGGUCGCAGUGAUGAAGGUCUUUGUUGUUGUUGUUGUCGUUGGCGUGAGGAGGUGAAUGUUGAUGUCGAUGCGGUGCUUGUGGUGGUGAUGUUGAUCGGAGGAAGGUCGGACCGGAAGUGGUGGCGGCAGCAGAGAGAAGACAUUCUUCUCGUUUCGGGUCUGUGUCUUUGGGGGUUUCCUUUACUUGAAUUCGGUUCUGGUGGUCUUGAGGAAGAGUUGACGACAGCAAGAAGGUAGUCUUGUAGUUCUUUGUGGAGUGAGGCUUU